AUGGCCGAAAUCCUCCCCGUCUCACCUCUGGGGUGGGAUAAGAUGAAAGAGCAUUGGUGGCAGUUCGUGUUCAUCGGCAUUUUAAUAGCUAGUGUUGCUGCAGGUUGCUUGUACCUUCUGUAUUCCGGAACAAAGAGAGUUCGCAAGUACUAUAAGACAAGGCCACGCUCAGAGAAGGUGACGCCUGUUGUAUCUCAACGGUUGGCCAGUCUUUCUAACAAAUUACUCCAUCUGCCAAAUAUACAAAGGCGCAAGCCGUCUUCUUUUGGCAUCUAUCUGGGUUCAUUUAGUUCCCCACCGGACAGGGAUCAACUUCGACUUCUCAACGAAUGGGACCUGUUGAUUGUUGACCCCUUCCAGUCCGGCACGGCUCAAGCCAUUCGGUAUACAGAGAGCAAGCAGCUAAUAGGAAGAGUGGACCUUGACCAUGUUCUCUCAAAGGAGGAGUCGACAUUAUCAGCACUUGAGAAGAUCGAGAACCUUCUCACCGGGACAUUUGAUGGUGCAAACUUCAGCGGAAUGGUACUCGCCAAUUGGGAAGGGAAAUUCCCUGCCCCCGUAUUCACUAAGCUCGUCGAGGUGAUCGAUGAGUUGGGCUUGGCGGUCUACGUGGAGACGGCACCCCCCGACUUUCUAGAGGACCACAAUUCCUUGCAGAGUCCUGCUAUUUCCGGAAUCGUAGUUCAAAAUGCUAGCAUACUGCCAGACGGCCAGAAACGUGACUACUUUCAAAUCGUGAAGAUGCAACCCACCAUCAAGGCGUUUGUCUCCGAGGCGUGCGUGAGAGAUUUCGUAGUGAUGGCAUGGGAGACGAUCGACGACAACGCCUCACUAUCGAAUGCCGUUGUUCAAAGGUCUCUACAGUGGUGUAACUUCUACAGCACAAUUCCGUGGAUUGGCCGGAAAUCCGCUCUUACAAACGCUGCCCUGAACGUCACGAUUCCAGAGCCCCUUUCCGCUUUUGGAUGGCUGAAAGAUGUCGAAAUAAUCAAAGCUCACGAUCGCUGGCGCUCGAACUUACACAUCAAGAAUAGUGGUGCAUCUGACAUGAAUGCUUGGAACACCUUAUUGCCAUUUUUCCCUGCCCUGGAAGACUUGCUUACUUCAUCUGAAUAUGGCCAGGCUGAGAGCAACGAUUUAACGACAAAAAUGCGUGACCCGCCGGAGUGGGUAGCGCAAGUCAAAUCUCUAGGGUGUCCGCUGUCCAUAUCAAUGGCUGGCAUCGAAUAUAACUCGUUUGGUUGCUUCCCCCUUGGAUCUGAGGCGACAGCGGUCGCAUUUGCUGAAGUCCUCCAGUCUCAACAGCGCCUCAAAUCACUUGGCUUGCUCCACCCGGUUCCUACCUCGAAAGUUCAGAGCCUCGGUCUGCUACUUAAAAAGUUUCACGAAUCAUAUAUGCUUCCCAACUCCACUAGCUCAGACCCUUAUGUACUUCCCAACGCGACAUCGGACCAAUUAGCAGCCUCGAUCAAGGAACUGUCCAACAUGGCAUCAAAUGGCUCAUUACAGGUCAGCCUCGGACUGGAUUCAGGUCUUCGCAAGAGUGUUGAUGUGCGAUUUUGGGCAGUUUAUCAGAUGGACUCGGAUGGCUUCGAGGUUUUCGCUUCAAAGAACGCUCAAGGUCUUGCAGGAACGGUGCUACAUACAUUCUUAUCUGCCAAAGGUUACCCUCGUCAUGUUUGCUUUGAAGUAGAAACUGCUUUGGCCAAAUGGUCCCAAGAUCUCGUCAGAGAUACUGGACUUCCUCGCCGACUCGUCCAAGAUAUCGACAUGCUGAGCCCAGAGGAGCGACUGCUUCAACUCCAGCACCUCUCUUUGACUGAUUCCUAUAGUGAGGUCUCUGACACCAUCUGUGCAUAUAUCCGGAGACUGCUCAUCGAUGCGCCUUCGCUCGCUCAGUUGAAGGAGCUUAACACGGUCUCGUACCUUGAGGGCUCUGCUUCUCCUGAAGUGUUGAUCAAUACUCGUGUUAAGUGGUACCAAGAACAGGGAAGCCAGCAUCCUUCCCCUUCAAAAUGUCUCGCAUUGUUCUACCAGGCGGAUGCGACUUUCACUCAGAUCCUGAAGGAGCAUCGCGAAGGGGACCUUGCCUUAAUAUCAAAGGGCUUCUGCCAGCUGCUGCAGAAUGACCACGUUGAUGCGUACAUGGAUAUCAUGGCAUUGGCACUGUUCUGUGCUGCAAGGAAAGGAGCCAUUGAUGAGAUUUAUACUGAGGUGACAGAUCGUAACCCGUUGUUUAACAACCAAUCGGACCAAGCGGCUGCUUUCUCAGAGUCGUUUGCUCUCGGGUCACGCUGUGAGGCCUACUUUGAUGUUCAGCCUAGCGCGUUUGGGAAACUGCUCUCUGAUCGGUUCAGAAGGGAGUACAACGACGAAAAGCUCCCCAAUUGGAUAAAUGGCGCGCCCGAGAUGGCCACAUCUUAUGCCGGUGCCCAAAUCGAUGUCAAUCCGGACCAUAAGGUUAAACCGAUGCCAGGCUAUCAGCGAUUUACAUUCCUGAGUGUUUUUGCAUUUCCGGCCUUGAUUGACAUUAUUCUGCUCACAAUCAUCGGUCGUGGUCUCUACCUUUCGGCCUUUAUGACCAAUGACGAGUUACAGAGUGCCACUAUCGCUUUGAUGAUCUCCCUUCUCCUAUCCGGUGCAAUCGGUACGAUGAUUGCUUGUGGAGGACCCUACUACCUCAUUUCAAUGGCGUUUGCGGCGUCAAACAUGUUUGUCCUCAUCAGACUAAUUGCAGGCUUCGCGUUUACCAUUGCGACUGGGUUGAUUGGAUUCGUUGUCAUCUCUGGUGUAAAAAGCCCGCGGGCUGGCAUUAUCUUCUAUCUUUAUCUAGUCGGCUUGACGAUCUACCUUACAGGAUUCGCUACCCUCGCCAGCUUUAGUUACCCUGGAACCGCUUUUUUGUCUGGGCGCAAAGUGAUCUUCUCCUGCAUACCUAUUCUUUUCAUCUCGCCUAUCAUUACUACAUGGAGUGGACAUGAUUCGGCUAUCUAUAUUGCUGUGAUGUAUGUGUUCAUCGGAUUUUUGCUACUCGGAUUACGGUCAGUUGCCUCAAAAUGGGUGACCUGGUACCAGAACAUUAGGAGGACGGACGAUACGGAAAUCCGAAAAUGGUACAUCGCCACGUACGGUAAUGACGACGAGAAGGUCUUCGGAAACCUGAGUGAUCCAGCUGUCCUGAAGCUGUCGAGAGAUGCACUUCUUAAGGAUGUUCUAGCUGAAAAGUCCCGGAGCUUCCUCUCCAAGCCUACAACCGAUACGCUAGUCCGUGAGCUUGCGAGAGAUUGGGAUUCGACAAACUUUCUUCUCGACUGGUAUUGUCGCUACGCGGAUGUGCCCCGGCCAAUCCCAUUCAGCUCUUCUUGGAACAUCCAGACUAAGGUUGGUCUUGACGUUCUUCGCAACUCACAGAAAGGAAUCCGGUUGCAUAACGCCUUUAUCCAUUGGCGCCAAUCGAGCCAAGAGAUAGGCUGCGGAAUCCUGUACUUUAUCAUAGCCCUGCUGGAUAAAUGGGUUGAUCUAUUGAGUGGUGGACAACUCGGUGGUUUCUUACCCUCGUUUUCAGAUCCAAAUGCCCCUCGGAUGGCCGUCGGCUUUGGGUUGGCGUACUAUCUCAUUGGUGCUGUUCUCAUUGAUACUAAAGCCCAAGAGCUCCAUGAGCUUGUGGGUAAGCAUUCAGCCGUAGCCGUGGACUCAGCCAAGGAUAUACGCCCUUCGCAGAAGCGCGAUGUGAGAUUCAAGAGACAGGUUUACUGGAAGACCUUUUUCAAGUUUCUUAUGUGGCUUGUAUGGAGUUUGGCUAUCGCAACAGCAUUGAUCUGGACUUUCCAAGCACCACCAGAAGCGAUGAUCAUGUUUUUUGCCUACGUGUUGUCCUAUACUGGCCUGCUGUGGUACCAAUAUACAAAGAUUUUCACCGGUCCGCACGCUUUCAUACCACUUAUGGCUGGUGUGGCCGUUGGAUUACCUAUUGGUAUUGGACUCAGAGUAUCCUUAGGUAAUAACUUCUUGUACUCGCAGGUGAUUGGGCUAGGAGCUGCCACAUGGACAGUUGCUAUCCUUUCCCUUUUCACCGCCAAGAUGGGCAUGCCCAAAAAGGUCGAUUCGCCGGUGGAACUUGGAAAGACAUUUCACGCUUAUACCGCUCCGUGGGCGGAUCCCGAGUGGUCGCAGCAAGAGCUGCAGACAUUCUAUGAAGGAAUAUCAUUUGUCUCUGCCGAUGCGCGGUUGAAACUCGUUCCGGGUGCCCAUCCUGGUAUUGAAGUUAAGAACAUUCUGCUUUCGCGGAGGAUAGAGCCGAGAAUUGAGGAGGCUUUCCCAGAUGCGAAGAAACUCAUCAGUACGGCUCUGGGCGCAUGGGAAACGGGUGGAAUAUCCAUUGAACUUGUUCCGUUGGGCUCACUUGGUCCAAACAUCCAAGCUUUGAGCUGUAGUAUGGCUGGUCACCUGCAAAUUGCCAUUUGCGUUGGCCGAGGACUGGAUGAGCGGAUUGAUGUCAGUGCUAACUGCCAGGUCAUCGCCGAGACUCUACUUCACGCGGUCGCCGAAUCGAUGAUGCGAAUGCCACAUGAAUACGCGGUGCUUUCUGAGUCUCUCGUUACCGCAGGUGUUACCGAAACCACCGCUCGACAACUCCGGGAGGAACCCGAUACCCCGGUCGUCGUUCGCUGGGCAAAGAAGGAGCUUCUGCGACAGCUAUGUCUCGGGUUCGAGUGUGAUUCUCACUGGGAGAAGCUGCCUCAGAACAUCAGGAAUACGUUGUUGGAUCGUUGCCUUGGUAGACCGUGUCUAUUGUCUGAUGUUAGUGUGAAGUGGCUCCAAGACAGCCUUUGUCGGUUUGACACGGAUGAUUUGAACGUGCACGUUGCUCGCUGCAACCUGGGAGCUGCAACUGCUGUUAGUAUUCUCGACUAUGCAAACUAUGGAACCGGUGAAGCAGGAGCUAUAAAAGAUCCGGAAAUCCCUAUAUAUAUUCCAGCUAUCCCGAAGAAGCUUCCUAUGGUCAUGUCUCUCGUCCAGAAGCCGUGGAGCUAUGCGUAUCACGCUAUUGGCACUGGGAUCAAGUUCUUUAUUGCCGCUUUACUUGCAGAUCCCGAAUUCCAGAGAGAGUUUGAUCAUGUCAUGAGUGAACGCCACAAGUUAAUUCGGACACCGCUUACGUUUCUGCUAAACAUGGUCUGGCUAUACGCUAAAGUGGUGCAAGAUAUUGGAUUAUCAUUUUUCUUGUUCCAUGGUCGGCCCAAUGUGAAACGGCUUUGGAACGAAACCAAGGGUAUUACCGUCAGUGUCAAGAAAAGUCGCUUCAUUGUUCAGAGUUUGGAGGGUACCUUCACUGCUUUCAGACACAAUGAACCUGAUGGCGGUUUUAAGGUGUACUAUUACUCUGGAGAGCACAAGACAGAACCAGAGGGUACAAAGCUUCUCAAAUACGUCAGCACAUACUCGAAGGACAUGCUUUUACUUAUCCGGCAGGAGUUCAAGGAUGGCAAGGUGCUCAACGAGUAUCACUAUGACUACCGUGCUCCGACAAAGAAAAGCUUCACCCUAUCCAAGGCUUCGGCAACUCGAAUCCCCAUGGGCCGGCGUUGUGUACGCGGACAAAAUAACCUGCAAAGCGUUCAGUACAACCGUAAAGGUCUUAUUGAAGCCGGCUCCUACAUGAAGGAUGGGAACCUUAUUCGCUUCAAGUACCAUUAUCGCAAGAACCCUCGUUUCGGAGAUGAGUUAUUGCGCGCUGAGUUUUCGUUGACACAUAUCACAUGCACAGUUUCCUGGUGUGCACCUCCUCUUCGCCAUCCAGAAAAGGUCGAGCGGUGGAUUCCUCAUUCUAAGGUGACUGAAGCGACAUUUGUCCAGGGAGCUGAUGUCUAUGAGGCUCGUUGGUUGUACGAUCAUAAGUUCCAUCCCACGAUUUUCACGACACUCAAUGGACAAAAGGUGCAGACACCUCAGAUGAUCGAACACGACUUCUUAGGAGUCCUCGCCAAACCCAAACAAACAAGCUUCGUGAAUGAUAAUCCGCUCGUAUAUUGCGACAGUCUCAAUUCGAAUGUUCUUACUCGUUUCCUUGGGCUGACAACUAAGCGCUUCCCUGUGUCCACUUCUCGUGCCCGUUCAUUGCUAUGGAAAGCCUGGAAAGACCGUGUGGACUUUGACGCGAUUAUGGUCCGUUGGAUGGAUGAGCGACUCCUGCGGAGAGAUAAGACACUGGCUCCUUACUGGCGCGCUCGUAAUCGUGGUGAUCUGGCUACGGCGAAAAAGUAUCUGGAGCUCCGCGCUGAUUCCGUCACCGCCAGCGCUGAUCUGGAUGAUAACAUCUCCAGUUGGACCCCUCUUGCGGUGAAAAUAAGUGAUCUUUUCAACUUCGGACCAGGAGGUGAUGCAGUAGUCCACACUAGGUCUAAGGACUUCGGCUCCGACACCGAGAAAUCGUUGCAUGUCAUGGCUGCUGAUACUGGUACUUGGCCGAACGAAGGAGGUGGUGUAUCCGCCUGUCGACGUGAUAUGAUUAACUCGUUAAGGACAAUUAAGUGGCAUAUGAUUUGCGAAGCCGCAAAUGAUUUUGGUAUUCCCAAGCAUCAGACGGAGCAAAAUAUUCUGUCAUUGAAAGUGGUUCCACUUUGGGGCUUGGACUUCCUGAACCCGACACAUGGUCUCUUCAGGAACAAACUCGAUUCCGAAGUAGAAAAUGUCACCUCUGCCAGUGAUAUGGACAUCAAGCUCAACUUCAUCCCAAUCCUGACCGCUCUAGUGAAGGGAGCCCGUGCGACUCACCUUUCAAAGGCUGAUAUCCACCAGGCAACUCGGGCUUUGGUCAACUUGAACACAUACUUCCAGGAUUCGCGGCAUUGGACCCAGAUUUGGAACAGCGACAUUGUCAAAGAAAGCUGGAGAGAUCUUUGGCUUACCCAAGAGAUGCCUAAUACCGUUCCAUCGUCCGAGUGGUUCCGCACUGAGCUUCCAACCCUAGCGUCACUUGAUACUGCUCUGGAGCUCUGGUAUCGCUAUCUCUUCAUUUUCUCGAUUCCAAUUCCUGAGAAGAUCCCAAGCAUCUUCCAAGCAUCCCAUCACAGUGUCAGUGCAUCUUAUGGAGUUGUGUGCAAAAUGAAGAGAAACUGCACUUUGCAGAUCUGGGAUCAUGCCAUUAGCUGGCGUGAAACGAACCUUUGUUUGUCCUCAGCCCUUUGCAAGCUUUCUCCGUUCGUUCGAAAUGCUCUUCUGGGAUUGAUGCGGAUCACGUCAGCUCUUACAUUGCAUCACGCCGACAUUAUCCUCCCUUGUGCGGAUUUCUUUAACCCGGGCUGGGAAGUUGAAAUUGGUACCUGCCAAGGGACCAUUGAACAUCGCAACGUUUUCCGUAGAAAAGUCGAUCCCGUUGUCAAUGGUAUUACCGACAUGCAGAAAUUCGCCCCCGUGAAGGAGAUCAAGUCUCAGCGCCCUACAGUCACUAUGUUGUCGCAUGUGUGGUAUGCCAAGGAUAUCAAGACAGCUCUUCUUGCUGCCGACAUCAUUAUCAACCAGUGGAAAUUCGAUGAUUAUCACCUGGACAUCUAUGGAGCUAUCGACAAGGCACCAACAUAUUCUACCGAAUGCCAGGAGAUCAUCGCCUCCAAGGGUCUCCGAGGCAAGGUUACUCUCCGUGGUACCGCAGAUCCGAUGAAAGUGCUCGAAAACACCUGGCUGUUCCUUAACUCCUCAUUGUCUGAAGGUCUGCCCUUGGCUUUGGGAGAAGCUGCCCUGACUGGUGCCCCCGUGGUAUGUACCGAUGUUGGUGCAUCUCUUCGUGUUCUGAGUGACCCAGACGACUUCUCUCGCUACAGUGCCGUCGUUGCACCCAAUGAUGCCCAUGCUCUCGCAAAAGCGCAGAUCACCAUGCUCGGCCUUCUGGGAGAAUGGAGCCAGUAUACCGAUGACACUGAGCCGGCACCUGUACUUACCUCCUCCCCAACACCAGAAGAUGUUGCCAAGAUCACUCGUCGCAUGUACGAGAAGAGCGAAUAUCGCCGCAAACUCGGUAUGAAGACCCGCGAUAUCGUCCAAAAAUCAUUCAGUGGCGACCGGUAUCUCCGCGAACACGAGCAGAUGCUCUGGAUUGGCAAGUCCGCCAAGAUUAUGGCCAACAGGGUUGGAGGAGCCAUCACCGAGCCCACAGACAUAGCGACUGCCAUGCGCCAGACUCUUCCGAUCGAAGAGGAAGUUAUCACCAUCCCACGCAGCGCCGUGCACUCGUGGCGCUCUUCUACCGCGUCGGGCGUGUCAGGCGUCUCGACCGUGUACAGCGGUGUGUCAAAUUUCCCAAUGCUGAACGGCUACCACCGCCCGUCCUCUAUUCGCUCUGGUAUAACCAAUACUUCGACGGAUACAGAAUCUUUCCUCCCUCUCCCAAGUAGCUCCUCUCUCCCUGUCUUCGCUCCUCGUCAGACCCUAGCAUAUCCCAGUACUCCAGAUGGUCGCCUCUCACCUUCUGGACGACUCUCGCCGCUGCCCAACCCUAGAAGCAGUGGUCGUCGAUCCAUGUCGACCGCAGGCCGCGAGCAGCUCCGCGGUCUCGGACGCGAAGAACUAAACCCCUACCGCAAUUCAGACGUCAGUACGAUCAUGAGAGAUGAAUUCCUCCAAUCAAGCAUCUACAGGAACAUCGAGGGCAACAACAGCAACAGCAACAUGAUCUGA